AAAUGUCGAUUUUUAUAUUUAAUCGCAUUAUCACAUGAUACAAUCAUACUUUUCCAAAGUAUGUAUGAAAUUAAAUAAAAAUAAACACCAAAUGUAUAACGUUAUGCUUUUUCUUGCCACUUCCACUCAGUUGUAAAAUUAUAUUUAAUCAAUCCAUUUCUUUGCCUGUAAUACAAUGAAAAAGUACACGCAAAGCCUUCUCAGUUCUACAGAAAUUACAUGAGUAAUUUAUAUUAAUAUUUUAACAUUUGUUAACGUGUACUCGUAAAGAAAUGUGUAAAUGGCGUCUUGGGACUUUUAUUUUGAAGAGCAUUUUCCCAUACAGUGUCGUCUCUUGUUUUGGAGGGAGUAUCAAAAGGAAGAAAAAAAAUAUGUGUAAAGAAAUAUAAGUCCUCUUAUGUUUAUAUUUAUUUUCAUUUAGCGAAGAAUAGAUUUUACGCGGUUAAAACUAAAAGCUUGCGUACAUUGUUGAGGCUGUCAUCUGUUCUAAACUGACAUAGUACCGACUUACGAGCCUAAAACGGCCCUUUUUUUAAAUCAUUGUCAACGCUAGUAUUGAAAAUGCACAGGACUGUGCCAAGCCUCCCCCUGGCGCCCUCAGUGAAGGUAAAACUUAUCAAUGCGGGUUUCCAAGUGGCGUCAGACUUGAUUGACAUGCGUCCUCUUCAGCUCUGCAAAGAGGCAGGUAUAUCACAAGAAGAGGCAGUGGAGGUGUUGCAGAUGUUGAGGGAUGAUGCCCAGCCUCACCAGCAGAGGGCGGCAACAGAGAGCUUAACAGCCCUGGAUCUUCUGCACCAGGAGCAGACUCUGGGGAGCAUUGUGACAUUCUGCUCAGGCCUGGAUGAUGCCCUUGGAGGUGGUGUGCCUGUGGGAAAGACCACAGAGAUUUGUGGGGCCCCUGGUGUUGGAAAGACUCAGCUAUGCAUGCAGCUGGCUGUGGAUGUGCAGAUUCCUGUGUGUUUCGGAGGUCUGGGAGGAAAGGCGCUGUAUGUGGAUACAGAAGGCAGUUUCUUGGUGCAGCGGGUUGCGGAUAUGGCGGAGGCAGCUGUGCAGCACUGCACCCUUCUAGCAGAGGACACAGAACAGAAACAAGCUUUAGAGGAACUUACUGUCGAGAAGAUCCUGUCCAACCUCUUCUUGGUCCGUUGCCAUGACUAUGUAGAGCUGUUAGCUGAGGUUUACCUCCUACCUGACUUCCUGUCUGAGCAUCCUGAGGUGCGGUUAAUAGUGAUUGACAGCAUUGCCUUCCCAUUUCGCCAUGACUUUGAGGAUCUUUCUCAGAGGACGCGCCUCCUGAACGGCCUUGCCCAGCAGCUCAUCCAACUAGCAACACAACACAGUGUAGCGGUUGUUUUGACCAAUCAGAUGACCACAAGAAUUUCAAAUGGCCAGUCCAAGCUGGUUCCUGCAUUAGGUGAGAGUUGGGGUCAUGCCGCGACGCAGAGGCUCAUCCUGCAUUGGGAGGGACUGAGAAGGCUUGCCUCCCUGUACAAGUCCCCAAGUCAAAUGGAAGCCACAAUUCAAUAUCAGAUUACAGUCCAGGGUUUCAGGGAUGCCCCAGAUGAACCCAGACACACAGAUUCAUCUGCAGUCUCAUCUCCUUCAGGAAACUACAGCAAACGCCCUCGAUUGGAGAAUCUGUCUUGAGGAUCUGUCAGGAAUGUACAGAUAUUUAUAUAUGUAUAUAAAAUGUAAAUAAUAACAAUUAGUUAUUGGGUUAUUAAUAUAAUAAAAUAUAGUAUAUUGAUUGUUGGCCUUUAGUCAUUUGUGUUAUUGUGGUAUUAGUGGCUCACCAAGAUAAAUUUCCCAAUCAGACAGUGUUACAAUUCAGGGGGAAAUAAUGAAAAUGUAAAGCUAUUCCAAAGUUUUCCAACUUAAAUUGGAUGACGGACCAGGUUAUAGGCCAUAUAUUUAUCAAUAUAUUAAAAGCUAUUCUUGCCAUUUAUUGUUCCCCACCACUUUUCCCAGUUAAUCUCCUGUCCAUAAUAUAUGCAAAAUUGUUUUUCUGCAGCCUCAAGUGCUAGCGAUUAGUCAAACUAAUUGACAAUCACCAGUCGUUAAUCAUGUCACUUACAUUGCAUGAGCCAAAACUUUGUGCCAUAAUAUGCAAUUAACUAAAUUUGUAACAGUGUAUUGAAUAAUUUGGCUCUAAUGAACCCAGUGAGAAGGUGUUGUUGUGUAUAUCGUGUUGUACAGGUCACAUCAGGAUGACUUUCUGUCUUGCUUGUUGCAUGAGUGACAGUAUGAAGAUAAAGAGUUUACCGCUCACAUUCACCUCCAAGUAACAGUAAUAAUUUAGCCGCAGAAUGUUCCUGUUCAAUAUCAGUAUAUCAUCCAGGUUCAGCUCACUCCCAGUGUGUAUGUGUGAGGUUCAUCACUUUAAUUGAAUUGUACACUGGGAAGCCAGCAUUACAUCAGCACAAAGAUAAAUUAUGACCACUUGACCUCAUAUUUCCUUGGCUGGCAAUGGAUAGUUUAGACAUCCCGCAGAAGAAUUGACCUAAACACUUUAUGCUUAUGUGGACAGAAGAUAACAUUGUGUUCUUGAUGUUUUUAACCUCCAUGUUAGACACAUGGAUAGAUCAUGAAUGAAGAACUGCCUGAGACAGAGUGCUGGACUAAUAGGAUUACAUCAUUUGUCAGGGCUGGUUUAAGACGAGUGACAGUUCAGUUGUGUCCUAUCAGGCUUUCUCAGGUGAGGAAGGCACGCUGGGUAAUAUUCCUACACUGCUGUGUAACUGUCAUCCUGGGUCACUGCAUCAGACAUCCCUUUACCUCAAGACUUAUAAUUUUGAAGUUGAAUAUGACAAGUUACUAGGUGAUUAUGAAUACAAUUUCAGAUUGCUGUAUACAGGCAAGGCUACACUUUGUCAUCCUUUACAAAUACGCACCAUGGUAACCAAUUUCAAAAUAGCCAGUUGCAGUCAUUACUCGCUUUAAAAUAUAUCAAAAUGUUCUGUCAUAUUCGUUACCUAGCAAUAGCUGUGCCAACUGUGAUAUUUUCCCAGAAAUUAUGAUUACCCUACAUUUUUUGAAAAGGUUAAUACUGAGUUUGAUGUUAUCUGGCAACCCUUAUAAAUGUGAGAUUGAUGGCUUUUGUUGUCUAAUAUAAUUUGUGUGAAAAUAUAUAUAUAUAUAUAUAUAUAUAUAUAUAUAGUGCUACAUGUUUUGUGUGACAAAUGUAUGUAUACUUAUAUGUAUAUAUGUAUAUGUAUAUAUAUAUAUAUAUGUGUAUGUUGAACUAACAAUACAAGUUGUAAAUGGAAUAUCCUUUAAACUGGUAAGAGACUUUUAGAUUACUGUCAUAUUAAUGUUUAGAUGUUAAUGAUAGUAUCUGGCAACCCACAAUUAUAUGGGAUCUUCCAAUAGUUCAAGACGCUUUAAGGAUUUUCUGUCAUUUAGUUUCUCAAUAGCUUCAGUUGUCUAUAAUAUUCUGUAUGAAAAUAUUUACACCAGUACAUUCUUGAAAGGGUUAAUUUUGCGUUUAUAGGAUUAGUUCACUUUCAAAUUAAAAUUUCCUGAUAAUUUACU